GUUUGUCCGACCCCAGCGAUUUCCGGUGCCUCAAACACAUGAAUUAUGACUGGGGUUUUUUCCCAGUUUUUUUCCUCAAACGUCCCAUCGCAGGCCGCCUGAAGCCCUGGUGCCCUGGUACUCAGAAUACAGCCUGGUGGCGUUUUGUUGCUGGAGUUGACGAAUUGGCCAAUGACAUCUUUGACAAGGUUUCCGUUUACACACCAUCAGUAAACCGCCCGAGUUGGCCUGCAGGUUAAAAGAUCGUUUGGCUGGGAGGUUCCUGGAAUUACCUAACUGGAACUGCACCUGGUGCAUCUGGGCAUCAGGUGGCACAUGAGGCUCUCACCCAGACUGCUCGAUGCAACGCACAACGCCCGACGGAACAUGCCAUCUCCGAGGAAGUCUGAAGUUGGCAGAGACACGUGGUUUUGGAAGACUUUUGGAUGAUUUAUGUCACGCGGUACUCUGAGGGCCUGUGUUAUUUAUUUUACGGAUAACCCAGUACCGAGCGUAGAUACGAUAUACGCACUGUCGAAUAUUUUAGAGAUAUCUGAGCAUCGCGUCAUAGGGCUGGAUCUUAGCGCAGAAGCAGAAAUGGCGGGGAAAAUAAAUACCAUCCAGGCGAGGGUUCCCGCACAACUCUUGUUUUUCAGUCUCCUUGCACAACAAACGUCAGCUUGCAGGGGAGCAGCGAGAAAUUUGCAGUGGACAAAGGAAAGGGGGACGAAUGUUCGACUCGAGCUUGGCUUCUUCGGCCGCUUUCCAAGCACUCGGUGCAAGCUUGGAACAUGGGGCAAACAAAGCCAAUUCCAUGGAACAGAACCUUUGCCGCACACAAAAUUUUCCCUCGAGGUGGAGCCCCAGGACUUUGGGAAGAGGUCACUGGGUCACCAGGUGACCCUGGAUUUUGCCUUGACAGUCUCUCCAGCGGAGCCCAAAGAGCUUGAAGCUUGAAAGCUGGCAUCCAGUUUGUGAGCUCAUGCAAGCCUUGUGACUAGUAGGUUGGGUUUCAGCAUUAGCCCGUGACCUGAAAAGCGUGCCUCCAGCUCAAUCCACCACUCACUUGCAAGUUGGAAGAAAGGUACGACGGCAGAUCGCAGACCUGGAGCAUGUGGUUGCCAUUCUCCUCAUUAUUCCCUGGAGAGAUGGGGCUCUUCAGUAAACUCGGAGCACUGACAUUUGCUUUCCGGAUGUCUCACUCAGCACUGAUUUCGGCUUCGGCGAGGACUCGGUAUGGAUACCGACUGUGGUGCUGACUGGCCCGGGCAGUGGAGUGAACUGACAUGCGGGAUCGACCAGGUGAAGAUCCGCCCUGCACAUGGAAGAGGUAGUGUAAGGGGUGCUCCAGAUCGAUGCUUGGUACGAACCACUGUCUGUCUUUGUGCAAGUAUUUUUCCACCCAACCUAUGUGAGCCCACGUCACUGUCAAAACUCAUCAAGCACUCAGAACUGCCGGGGCACACAGCAUCAGAACAAGUGCUACCCUGGCUGCGCAAUGAUGAGAAGCCUUUCCUGGACUCAUGCUGUCAAGACGAUGUGGACCAGAAGUGGACCACAAGGUUCACACAACAAGGGGCAUCGAUCGAUGGCGGAGCAACAAGGUCCAGCUGGUCGGUUUUGUUCGCGGCCCUGCCGCUCGCUCGGUCGGUGGUGGGCUGUCCAGGUGGAACCCUUUAAGCCCUGGCCAUCUAUUACACAUAAUUACUUGAUGGAAAAGGCCGGACUGGUCCCCGGGGACAUACAAAUACUCUGACGAGCCUGCAUCCUGCUCUUGCGUCAGACCUCUGAGGAAUUGUUGGUAGACUUAUAGCCGUGCUCUUUCAAACCAUAGACGUUAUCCCACCACCCAUCUCCACGCUGUUAUUCACAUCUUCACACCCUCAGAUCCCAACACUGGGUGACCCCAUCUUCACUUUCCAGUCAAAAAACGAGCCACGGGCACUCGAUUACAUACCACGCGUCGAAGGAUAAUUGAAUCGAAUCAGAAGAAGGCGAACUACCUCUUGUUGACAUUUCAUGGAUAUUGGGGACAAGGAAAACCACCGCAACGAGGAUUUUCCACGAAAACCAAGGGCGCCACCUCAACACCUAGCAACUGGACCACUUUCAGCAGUUUUGGCUUUCGCAGGUGACACGGCAGCUCUGACACACACACUGCGCGGAGCGCUCAAGCUACCUAUCCUCCCGUGACACCUUCCCCGCAUUCUCUAGGCCUUUCUAGGCCUCAGCAGAAGCGGCGCAUCCAGCAGCAGGCCGCCUGCAGCCGGUAGUAGCCCCGUGCCUGCCCCGAGCCCACCCCGCCAUUGGCAGGGGCUUCCCUAACUUGGAAAUUAAUAAUAGAACAGCCAACAUGCCACACCGGGUAGCCAACUUCUUCCGGUCGUCGACCCAUUCCCUGGAGCACCAAGUUUCGAAUUUCACCAAAAAGUCAUCCUCGGGUUCCCGGAGACGGGCCUCCCCACCCGGCAGCGGAAGAAGUACGGGCUCAGAGCUAGUGGCCUAUACAUCUGAAGAGGAGCUUGACGAUUCCCAUGCUCCGCCCUACGUUCCACGCUUGAAGAUGGGCGACUCCCGGACCAGCAGUUUUACCUCGGAUUCACACAAAGAAAAGGAUCAUGGGCACCACCACCGGCUCUCGUUCCCCGGCAUGCAUUUUGGGCGGUCCAACAAGGAGAGCCAUGUACACACCCCCGCCUCGCUGGACUGGAAGCUCGAGUCUCCGCCCAUCGUCAUGUACGGGAAUGCCGAGAACAGCACUGGCGCUCUGCUAUCCGGGCAGCUCUUUCUCCACAUCAAGGAUGAGGCCCUGGAGAUCGAAUCGUUUACAGCGACGCUCACUAUCCGGGUAUCGCAAAAGAAGCCUUUUGCCAACCACUGUGCCGAGUGCACCAGUCAGUGUACCGAGAUCAAAAAGUGGUCUAUGCUCGAGCACCCCUUGGUGAUGAUGAGAGGCCAACAUUCGUUCCCAUUCUCUGUGCUCAUGGAGGGCCAUUUACCUGCCAGCAUGGAAACUCCUCUCGUCUCGAUCUCAUACGAGUUCAAAGCCGAAGCCAUUCCCCGGAGCAACGGCAUCACCCCGGUACCGCCCAUCAGGCUCGAAAAGGUGCUCGAUGUCAAACGCAGUCUACCAGCAUCCGAGAUACCACAUCACUCCGUCCGAGUGUUCCCCCCCACCAACAUCAAGGCCAGUGCGCACUACCCUCACGUCAUACACCCGAUUGGAAGCUACACUUUGGCACUUCGACUGGAUGGAAUCUCUAAGCUCAAUCCAAGGGUGAACACGAUAGAAUACUGGAAACUCAAGAAGCUCACGUGGCGACUGGAGGAAACGAUCAAGACGGUAGCACCGGCAUGCGGUCGGCACAGUCCCAGAUUGGGAGAUAGUGAGGAGGGCGCGCAGCCCAAGAAAGGCAUCGUUCGUAGCGACACGCGGAUCAUUGGUGAAAAGACGCUGUUCUCGGGCUGGAAAAGUGACUAUACCAGCGCCAAUGACGCCAAGGUGGAGCUCGAGCUGGAGUACAGCCUAGGGAAGCACGCCAGGUCUGCCUGUGAUACCAAGAGCCAGGAUGGGACCGAAGUGAGUCACCAGCUGAUGGUGGAGAUGGUGGUCUCUCAGGAAUGGGCGCCAGUGAACAAGCCCUCUCUGGUCACUCACACCGGGGUUGGACGCAUCCUGCGCAUGCAUUUCGGCACCAUUUUGACGGAGCGCGGGGGCAUUGGGAUCAGCUGGGAUAACGAAGCCCCGCCUAUUUAUCAAGAUGUGCCCCCCAGCCCGCCGGCCUAUUCUCAAGAAACCAAUCUGCACAGCGACGCGUCAAUUGCCGAGAUGAUUGAGCCACUGGAUGGCGCUCUGACAGCGGGCCCGGUGCACAGGUUGGUGGUGGAAGAGGAAGGAGGAAGCUCUCGCGGUCAUUGGAGGGCAAGUUCUGAAGGGAGGUGAAAAGCCCCUUUCAGCUGGGCCCGGACGUUCCACUGCAGUCAGACUGGUGGGAAACCUCCACCCUAUGGUCAACAAGCGUGCAUUUUCGAAAAGGGAGAUGGCGAGCAAUGGGCUUGACAGCGGCGUUUAUUUGUUUUGUUUGCAUUAUACCCCCGGGAACAGCGUCAGCAGCAUGCAUGGCAGUUCUAUCUACAAUCUUGCAAUUUGGGCGUUUUUUUCUGUGUGGACUUGUUUCAGGGACUCAAAAAAAAGGAAGGAGGAGCGGGGGUGAGAGCAAUCGGUCAGUUUGGUGUCUAGAGCAAGAGUUGUUGCGUUUUUAAAGGGUCUGGCAUCUCCUCGGCUGGAGCAUUCAAGAAAAGGGCGUUUGGAGGCAAGGAAAUUGAAAAAGGGGAAGGGUCUGCAUCUGUCAUGAUUCAUGGCCAUGAUCGAGAGAGUGGGAACAAAGGUAUAUAUAUAUUGUACAUACUCCCACAAUGAAAACAACACAAACAUAAAAGAGUAUUGCUCUUCUUUUGCAUUUUUUUCCCAAAAUUGAUCUAUAUUAGAGCUGCCCUGGG